CGAAACAUUGACGAUAUAAAACACAAGCACUUGUUCUUAUACUGUGUAAUCUACCUUCUAUCUAUAUUUUGCUUCCUCGAUCCAAUCGAUUCUUCUUCUUGAUUCAUCCUUUCCUCUCUCGAAGCUAGCCCCAACCUUCUUCUUUACUACUUUCUAUUCCCGGGUCCUUCUUGUCUGACUCAAGAACAAGGGGUUUGUGUGGUUUUCUUAUGGCAUUUGCGGCUAUGAAUCAUACCUCCGGAGGAAAUCCCCAUGCAGGGGGAUGCAAUGAUGCUCUGUACAAAGAACUAUGGCAUGCCUGUGCUGGACCUCUUGUCACUCUUCCUCGUGAAGGGGAGCUAGUUUAUUAUUUUCCACAAGGUCACAUGGAACAGCUUGAAGCUUCAAUGCAUCAGGGGAUGGAGCCGCAAAUGCCAUUGUUUAAUCUUCCAUCUAAAAUACUGUGUAAAGUAGUUAAUGUUCAGCGCAGGGCUGAACCCGAAACAGAUGAAGUUUAUGCCCAGAUAACACUACUUCCUGAACCAGAUCAAAGUGAGGUUACUAGUCCUGAUCCUCCACUCCCAGAACCUGAAAGAUGCACAGUCCAUUCAUUUUGCAAGACACUUACUGCUUCUGACACAAGCACUCAUGGUGGUUUCUCUGUUCUUCGAAGGCAUGCAGAUGAUUGUCUGCCUCCUUUGGAUAUGUCUCAGCAGCCACCCUGGCAGGAAUUGGUUGCAACUGAUCUGCAUGGCAAUGAAUGGCAUUUUCGACACAUUUUUCGAGGCCAACCAAGGCGUCACUUGCUCACGACAGGUUGGAGUGUCUUUGUUAGCUCCAAAAAGUUAGUUGCGGGUGAUGCAUUCAUCUUCCUCAGAGGAGAAAAUGGUGAGCUUCGUGUGGGAGUAAGGAGGCUGAUGAGGCAACAGACGAACAUGCCAUCUUCUGUUAUAUCUAGCCAAAGCAUGCAUCUAGGGGUUCUUGCUACUGCUUCUCAUGCCAUUGCGACUGGAACCCUUUUUUCUGUCUUCUAUAAGCCAAGAACAAGUCGAUCUGAGUUCAUUGUAAGUCUUAACAAGUAUCUUGAAGUUCGAAACCACAAGCUUUCUGUAGGGAUGAGGUUUAAGAUGAGAUUUGAGGGCGAGGAAGUUCCUGAACGAAGGUUUAGUGGUACAAUUGUCGGCGUUGGAGAUAAUAUAUCAUCAGGAUGGGCUGAUUCUGAUUGGAGGUCCUUGAAGGUCCAGUGGGAUGAACCCUCAUCCAUCAUGCGUCCAGAGAGGGUAUCACACUGGGAAUUGGAACCGCUUGUUGCAACUACUCCUUCAAACUCCCAACCUGUGCAAAGGAACAAGCGGGCACGACCUUAUGUCAUACCCUCACCAACCGCAGAUCUUUCUGCACUAGGUAUGUGGAAAUCCCCUGUUGAGUCCUCUGCUUUAUCAUAUGGUGAUUCACAACGCGGACGAGACCUUUAUUCAUCACCCAAUUUCUCUACCACUGCUAAGGUCAAUUCUCUUGGCUUCCGAGGCAAUAGUCAAGUGGCUAGUGUUUCCCAUAACUCAAUGCAUUGGCCUAAUCGAGUGGAAAGUGUCACAGACUCUUUUGCUCCAGUUGUAAACAAAGAUUCUGGGGAAAGGAGACAGGGCACUGGAAUUGGCUACAAACUAUUUGGGAUUCAACUUGUUGAGAAUUCCAACACAGAAGGAACUUCACCAGUCGUUGUGUCUGGAACGGUGGUUAAUGAUCUCCCAGUUCUGUCUUUGGAAGCCGAGUCUGAUCAGCAUUCCGAGCCUGAGAAAUCAUGUUUGAGAUCUUCCCAAGAGUUGCAAAGUAGGCAAAUUAGGAGUUGCACAAAGAUAGGAAUAUGAGGUGGACUAUGAGGAGACUUUUGCUUUGGUCGCUAAGAUGAUUACAGUUCGGACUGUUAUUUCGAUUACUGCUUAACAAGGUUGAUCGCUUUGUCAAAUGGAUGUAAAAAACACCUUUCUCCUUGGUGAUCUUGAAGAGGAGGUUUACAUGACACACUAUCCCCUGGUCUGAUCUCUAACUCUUCCUUGGAUGUCUGUAAGUUCAAGUGCUCUUUAUGUGGACUGAAAUAGGCUCCUCGAGCAUGGUUUGACAAAUUUUGAGCCACCUUGCUUUAGUAUUAUUUUUAGCAAAGCAAGUAUGACUCUUCCUUGUUUCUUUGCAAGGCAUCUACAAGUAUUGUUCUUCUCCUUGUCUAUGUUGUUGAUAUUGUUAUUACUGGGACAAAUUUCGUCUUGAUUACCUGUUUGGUAGCAUCUUCAAAACUUGUUUCAUAUGAAGGGUCUUGGUCCGCUUACAUACCUCUUGGGGUUGGAGGUUCGCACUGAUCACUUUGGUAUAUUUUUGAAUUAGCAUAAAUAUACGUAGGAUUUGAUUGUUUUGGCAGGUCUUCAGGAUACUUCUUUGGAGGUUAAGAUGACAUCGUCAUGAGGAAAGUGACCUCCUUCCUGAUCCUACUGUGUUUCGUUAACUAGUUGGGAGCCUGAAUUAUUUGACGAUCACACGACCUGAUAUCUUUUUUGCAAUUUAGCAAGUUAGCUAGUUUAUGCAAUCUUCAUGUCAUCUACAUUUAGCUGUUAAUUGUCAUAUCAUUUGAUAUCUUUGAGGCUCACUUAAUUGUGCAUUGUUUUUUCCUGUCGGUACUCCUUUUCACCUUGUUGCAUUUAGUGAUGCUGAUUGGGUUGGAUGCUUCAAUACUUGUCGCUUUGUUACUGGAUGUUGCAUGUUUCUUGGUGACUCCUUGAUCUCUUGGAAGAGUAAGAAAAGGGCAUGCAUGUCCAAAUCCUCUACAGAAUCCGAAUAUCGUGCUAUGUUUGUUGCUUGUUCUGAGACUGUUUGGCUACGUGGUUUGCUAGUUGAGCUUGACUUCUCUCAGCUUAACCCCACUCCUCUUCAUGGAGACAACACGAUGACCAUUCCUUUUUUUAUGAGCGAGCAAAGCAUAUUAAAGUGGACUGCCAUUCUAUUCGGGAAGCUGUGGAUACUUGGAUUGUCACUGUUCUGCAUGUUUCCACUGAUCUUCAGCUUGCUGACAUAUUUACCAAGGCUAUGACCUGACAGCGCCAUCAAUUUCUGGCAAAUUGAUGCUUCUUGAUCAACCAACAUCAAUUUCUUGAUGCCAGUCAUAUAUGGGCUGACAUUAUUUAAGGCCAUAUUAAUUAUAUGAUUCUAAUUGUAUGCUAAUUAUAUAAUUAUAUAAAUGGUUUUCAUAUUUAGCUAGGUUGGAGCUGGAAAUCUAAUUGGGGAUGUAUUAUGCUAUUUGGUUCUAUAUAAUGGAAGGAACUCUCUACUGAGAGGAAUUCAGACAAAAUCCAUCAUUUUUGUCAAAAGCAAUUAGUUGUCUUAAGACUUUUUCCAUGACACUAUCAUUACAGCAAAUUGAAACACGGCUUUGGAUUGAUAAUGUGGAUAUGGAGUAUGAUUUCCUGUACUGUAUGUAGGUUCUCUACUCCAGCUAUGAAUGUUUGAUGAUUUAUGUAUCAUUUACAGGUUCACAUGCAAGGGGUUGCUGUUGGAAGAGCUGUUGAUUUGACACAGUUUAAACGCUACGAAGAUCUGCUGAGGAAACUAGAGGAAA